AUGGAACAAAAAAAUAACUCUGAUCAAGUGUUAAAUACUGUAAGAUCGAUUGUUUACCAUUUAAAUGAUGUCAACUGGGUUAAGAUGACACAAAAAAUGAUGGCUUUGCCAAUAAAUAAUGUUAAACUACUCGAUGACAUAACAAAUAUAAUAUUUGAUCGGGCUUUAAAAAGACAAAAUUAUACACACAUAUACGCUCAGAUGUGUGCACGUUUGAUCAAUGACUCCAAGUUUAAUAAUCUUAUUGCUACCGAUACAGAAAUAACAUUUCAAAAAGUGUUAUUAAAAAAAUGUCACGAUGUUUUUUAUUCAAACUAUCAAGAAGAAUUGAAUAAAAUAAAAGAUACAAUGAAAAAUGAUAAUAUGGUACCGAAGAAGUGUUUAUCCGUUGUUUUAAAUAAUUUUCUAUUCGAUUUCCAGAAAAGAUCCAUAUGCAAUUGCAGAUUUAUUGGCGUACUGUUUAAAAACGGCGCGUUCCCAGAAAAGUAUAUACUCAAGUGCAUUGGAGAUUUAGGUAAAGAUAAGAAUGACAACAACUAUGAACUACAAAUGCACUGUUUGUGUAUAAUAUUACAAUCAGUUGGGCUAAUAUUAUCAAAAACGUCAUAUGAUUUGAACAAAAAAAUCAAUAAACUUGUAUCGUCUAUGGAAAACCAUGGGAUGUCAUCGACAUUAAAAUGUUUGAUAAAGAAACUAAAAAUAAUGAAUUCCAAGGACCCUAAAUCGGAUCUUUCUAUAACAAUAAAUACUGCAACAGAAAUCUAUACUCUCAAAAAACCAUUUCUAAUUAAAUAUUGCGAAAAUAAAAAAUUAAAAUCAACAGGUACAACUAGUGAAUUAAGAGCUAGACUUAGUAGAUACUUAAAAGGCACCAUAUCAUUAGACGACAUAGAUAACACAUUAAGCAAAGAAGAAUGCGAUUUAAUUUUAAUCAAAGCAAAAACUAAUAAAAUCGAUUUAAUAAAUUAG